AUGAACACAUCUUUUAAUAUUAUAUUCCGUCGCGGUAUGGCAAGAAGUCUUGGUGCUAGAGGCCUUGUUAAAUCUCAACCAAAAUUUGGCCUUGAUGGUACAUACGCCACUGCAUUAUUUAAAGCUGCCAUUAAAACUUCAUCUCUAGAAAGUGUCUCACACUCUUUAUCAAGAUUAUCUUCACAUGUUUCAAACGAUCACCAUUACUAUACAAAUGUCAAGACAUUGCCAGAAAGUGACCGUAUUGAAAUAGCCAAAAAAUUAAUCAAAACUGAUGAUUCAAUGGAGAGAAGCAUCAAAAGUCUAAUAAAGGUGCUAGCCACUAACAACAGUUUAGAAUUAAUUCCAAAGAUUUCAACUAGUUACAAUACUUUAUUAUAA